AAUGCUUAUGUGGCUGGCUGAUGGGCUUCGCUUUUCUCUUAUAUAUCUUCUCCAGCAGUGACUGACUUCCCAUCUGCGCACAUCAUGCCCACCACCCCGAAAAGCAAACCAUCAUGGACCCCAACAAUCCCACCGUCACCGUUGCCUCUCUUUCCUCGAUCGUUCACACCACCCUGUCAGCAUUUGACUGCGUUACCGAGGCACUAAUCACAGGGGACACGACCGUAGGCCUGAAGGCCCGCUUCCGGGUGGAGCUGCUGCGGUUACGCCUGUGGGGCCGAACCCGCGGAUUCGGUCUGCUGUCAUCCCCACCACCCUUGCCCUCUAGCAACAACAUAUUCGCCAUCCCCGAAGUCCGGCGCCUGGCAUUCGACAUGCUCGGAAAAACGCUGCUGGUGCUGGACAGGCAUCUGCAGAUCCGCAAGAAAUCUCCGCCCGUGCGCGAACAGACACUGUCGCGGUUCGAGAAUGGAUAUUCCGCAACCCCAUACGCUCGGGUCCUAGAAGCAAAAAGUGCACUUAAUCAGAGGCUCGCUGAUCCGGCGCAGCGGGCAAAGGUUGUCAGACAGAUCCGCAGGGCAAUAGACGAUAAGGCGCCCUUGCCGGGGUCUUGGGUCGAGCGCACAACGGUCCGUGAGUUUCUGACCGACCUGGUGACAUUGAAUACGGGGCUGGAGCGGCUGUUGCCGGCAGACGAAGCGGACUUCUUGGCGAGGGGUCUUGCGGGCGAGAUCCUUGCCUCGGAGCCUAGGUUGGUGGUGGCGGAUGAGAAUUCCUUCGGGGUGCGGAAUAGUCUGGCUGCUGGGAUGGUUCGCCUGCGCCAGCUGACCGAAUUGGAAAUCUUUGAUCUAGGAGGGAGUGCAAAAGCGCCAACAUCAGCGGGACACGAGAAAGAAGAGGAUGAAGCCCAAAGCUUGGCAGCUCAUCCUCAGGCCAUGAAGGCACUGUCAACCUUCGAGAUCCCGGUGUUCUGUCUCCAAGGCUUCACGGAACCGGCCCUUCCGGACAUUCAAACACAUGACUCCACCUCGUCGCAGGGAAAGGUGUUAGAUGCUCCACCCGUGCGAUCUGUAUAUCUUUACACCCCUAGAGAUCCCCACGAGCAAGAGGGCUAUGUCCUCGUGGAAUGGCAAUCCCGGCUGGCUACGACUGGAUCGAGUCACCCCCCAACCUCAGACCAGUGCGUUGCACAACGUCGACAACAUUUGGUCGAGAUUCUCCGCGAAAUCUCAGUUGCUGACAGCGAAUUCCGUGUUCUGGAAUGCAGAGGAUACACGCUUGCCACCGGCCGACUACCAAAUGGGAACUUUCAUCCGGUGAUAGGCUUCGUGUACCAGCCGCCUCUGCUUGCGACCGCACCGAUCACUCUGCAUGGUAUACUGGCCACCGCCUAUAAGUCCCAGACGCCCGCAGUGCCGGAACUUGGAGAACGUGUCCGUCUAGCCCAGAGGUUGGCGCUGAGUUUGUACCAGCUGCACUGCGCCGGACGGAUUCACGGAAGCAUCUCCAGCCAUAACACAAUGUUCUUCUCUGAUACGGAGAGUGCAAGAUAUGACAUCACUGAGCCAUACAUCUGUGGCUGGCCGGACGUCCAUCCUACGCAAGCUAUGGGUGAUGGGUGUGGAGCUCCGGACAGUUGCUUGCAAGAGACACGCGCCAUUGGUCUUGGAGAUAUGGCAAUGUAUGCCCAUCCCGAUUGUGUAACCGACGGGGAAGCGAAGCGCGGUAACCAGGAGACCCACGACACGUACGGUCUAGGUGUGGUUUUGACGGAAAUUGCUUUAUGGGAGCCAAUCGUCGCCUUGGCGCAUCCGGUUUACCGGGAAGCAAUGCAGUCAUCCCAGCAAUAUGCUGGCAUCAACCAUCGGAGGUGGUCCAAUAUGGUGAUUGAGGAGGCAGAUCGCAAGAUUGGGGCAAGGAUGGGCGCCAGGUAUCGGGCUGCUGCAAUGGCAUGUCUGCGUGGAGUCCAUUCGACUGGUCUGUGUGAAAGUUUGGAGGCUGACGCUGAGAGACUAUUAUUCUGGAAGGUGGUCAGAGAGUUAAGAUAGAUAUUGCGUUGCGACGGCUAUAGAUGAGAGCGCAAGUUCCACAGACCACUACUAACACCAUCUACCUCUCCAAGUCCAACCUCUCCUCCCCAAAGACAGAGUCCUCGACUG